GAACCACGGUGCAGUAACGACCAAGUCAAUCUCUGAGGGUACGGGAGGGCUUGUUCAGCAGCCCAAACCUCGAGGAAGAAAUUGCGUCUCGUUUUGCUUCCUAUUUUCUUCAUUCCGUUGAUUACCGCUUUAUUACAUCCAAACAUGGCGUCUAUAGAGCUUGAAUCGGCCUUGCUCAGUAACAUCAAAGGAAAAACUGUAGUGAUCACUGGCGCAGCUGGAGGGAUAGGUAUGGAUAUUGUACGACUGUACGCCUACCACGGUGCAAACGUGGUGGUUGCAGACCUCGAACAUUCGCGCUUCGCAGCAGAAAGUCUGAUUGCCACCUUGCCUGAUCCAUCACGGGCCAUCUUCGCUCAGGCCAAUACACACAUUUGGAGUGAGAUGAAGAAACUAUUUAAGACGGCAAUCAACACAUUUGGGAGCGUAGGGGUAGUCGUUGCGAAUGCGGGAGUGAUGGAGAGUCAUAUGACACUAGAUGUUGAAACUGUUGACACAAAUGGAGAUCUAGAAGCUACGGAGGCCUCUAAGGUCAUCGAUGUCAACGUGAAAGGCACCCUGAAUACAUUGAGAUUGGGUCUUCAUUACAUGAAGGACAACAAAGAGCGCUUCCCAGGUGGGUCAAAGGGCUCCAUUAUCCUCGUCAUCUCCACAUCUGGAUAUGUUGGAGGCACUGGUGUCGCAGCAUAUGUUUCUUCAAAGCAUGCCAUCACGGGCUUGCUGCGGUCAUCUCAGCUCGUGGCAGCGCAGCACAACAUUAGAGUCAAUGCUGUUGCUCCCUUCGUCACGCCCACGAGCAUGGUUGGCUUUGCGAAGCAAUGGACCGACAGCGGCCUCCCGAGCAAUACGACGCAGCAGGUGGCAAAGGUCAUUGCAACUCUCUCCCAGGAUCCUGAGAGGAAGGGAGCCUGCUAUUUGACUUGCGGCCCCAUUAUCAGAGAAAUGGAAUUUACGCAGAAAGCUCUUUUGGGCCAGUGGCUGGGAGAUGAUGUUGUACAUUUAAUGGCAAGUGCGGGAAGCCUCUUUGAGAGUAUUGGGGGAUAUCCUCUCCCCAACCUUGAAGCCAUGCGUUCCUGAAGAUGUCCAUCAUGUACGCAGUUUCCAGAUUCCAGGAAAACAAAUGUAUACAAAAGGAACUCGCAUCCAAAUUGAAUAUUAAG